AUGAGGGCCAGUACCGACGCUGAGCUCGCCGAGCAAGGUGACAAUAUAGCCCCUCUACAAGAGGUAGGCUCCAACAUUGACACGACACAAUCCAAGCGACACAGAUUCGGCACGCAACGCCGCACCCACUCGGUCAACCGACGACGAUCGCUAUUUCAAAAACUCGUGCAUCCUGAACGAGUCGAGGUCGACAACACCCAUGAGAUCACCGACGAGGCUCAUGGCCCCUCGCGAACAGUCUACUUCAAUGAGCCUCUUCCCGAGGACCAAAAAGACCCCAAAACAGGCAACCCCCUCGCACACUAUGUGCGAAACAAGAUCCGAACCACCAAAUACACGCCCAUCACUUUUGUGCCAAAAAACCUGUGGUACCAGUUCCACAACGUGGCUAAUAUUUAUUUCCUGCUGAUUGCCAUUCUGUCAGCCUUCUCCAUUUUCGGAGUGCAAUCCGCCGGUCUGGCUGCCGUGCCCAUCAUUGUCAUUGUCGUGCUGACAGCCAUCAAGGACGCCAUCGAGGAUUACCGACGGCAGAUUCUUGACAUGGAGGUCAACAACAACGUGACCCGUGUGCUGGACGGCAUCGAGAACCCCAACGUCGAGGAGGACGACGUGGGUCUGUGGCGACGGUUCAAGAAGGCCAACUCGCGCUUCUGGGGCCCCAAGGGACGGGCCUUUGUGCGACUCUUCAUGCCCAAGCAGCGACGAAUCGAGUCCAAGGAAAAGGAGCAGGAGCUGCACAGGGUGCUCUCCAAUACCACGGUCAUCACCGCGCGAAUGAGCAGUGAUCUCGGUGGCAGACCCUCGGGUGUGUCUCGUGGACGUCGUUCUGACGUGCGACGAUCGGACAUUGGACGAGACGUGCGGCCCUCCAUGGACCUGGGCCGACCUUCCAUGGACCGCGACCAGCGACGGUCUUCUGUGCGGUUCUCGGGCGACUUUGGCGAGGGCCCCGCGGGCGACUCUCGUACUCUGCGAGCCAGCACUGACAACAGAGACAGUAAGAACCCUGGUGAGUUCUCAGACGACCCCACAGUCAUCGACUACAACCAGCGACCGGAGGGCGUGGCCAAGUUCCGGAAGAAGUACUGGAAGCAGGUCAACGUGGGCGACAUUGUUCGAGUCUUGUCCGACGACGAGGUCCCUGCCGAUAUUGUUGUCUUGUCCACUUCGGACGACGACGGAGCCUGUUAUAUCGAGACUCGUAACCUGGAUGGUGAGACCAACUUGAAGGUGCGACAAGCCCUUUCAGCCACAAAAGGCAUCCGUCACGCUUCCGACUUUGAGCGCUCGCAUUUCGAAGUCAUGUCUGAACCCCCCCACGCCAACAUGUACUCCUACAAUGGUGUUCUCAAGUGGAGAAACACAGACGGAGGAGCCCAGAGCGAGCCUAUCAACUCCAACAACCUGUUGCUGCGAGGCUGCUCUGUGCGAAACACACGAUGGGUCAUGGGUCUGGUUGUGUUCACCGGUGACGACACCAAGAUUGUUCUCAACACCGGAGAGACCCCUGCCAAGCGAUCCCGAAUGACCCGAGAGCUCAACAUCAACGUGUGGUCGAACGUGGUUCUUCUCGCUGUUCUGUCUAUUGUUGCCGCUGCCGUCCAAUCACAGCAUUUCCGCCGUCAUGACACUUCUGACCACUUCUUCGAGUUUGGAAUUGUCGGUGGAACCUACGCUGUAGGUGGUCUGGUCACGUUCUUCACCUUCCUCAUUGUUCUGCAGUCCCUGGUGCCCAUUUCUCUGUAUAUUUCGAUUGAAAUUGUCAAGACGUGUCAUGCCUUCUUCAUCUACAACGAUAUCGACAUGUACUAUGCUCCUCUGGACUACCCCUGCACCCCCAAGAGUUGGAGUAUUUCCGAUGAUCUUGGCCAGAUCGAGUACAUCUUCUCCGACAAGACCGGAACACUCACUCAGAAUGUCAUGGAGUUCAAACAGUGUACUAUUGGUGGCAAGUCAUAUGGUAAGGUGUUUACCGAGGCCAUGCUGGGUCUCCGAAAGCGCCAGGGAGCCAACAUCGAUACUCUCAAGGUUGAAAUGGAGCAGGAUAUUGCUGACGACCGACAGCUGAUGGCCCGGGAGAUGGCAAAGGUGUACCACAACCCAUACCUAACAGCCGAGCCCACUUUCGUCUCUUCCGAUAUCAUUCGAGAUUUGGAGGGUGCCUCUGGCCCUGAUCAGCAGAAGCAUGUCCAUUACUUCCUUCUGGCUCUCGCUCUGUGUCACUCUGUUCUUCCAGAGGUUGACGAAGAAGGUGUGCUUGUGUUCAAGGCCCAGUCUCCCGACGAAGCUGCUCUGGUUUCCACCGCUCGAGAUCUCGGUUUCACUGUUGUGGAACGAACUCGAAAAUCCGUGGUUGUUGACGUCAUGGGCAAGCGAAUCGAGUACGAUAUUUUGGCCAUGUUGGAGUUCAACUCUACCCGAAAGCGAAUGUCCACCGUUGUACGUCUUCCCGACACUGGCAAGAUUGUUCUGCUCUGUAAGGGAGCCGACUCCGUCAUUCUGAGCCGUCUCAACCGUCAGAUUAACGAGUCUUCUCUGGUGGAGGAAACUGCACGGGAUCUCGACCGGUACGCCAACGAGGGUCUUCGAACCCUGUGCCUGGCCCACCGAGAGAUCUCCGAGCGGGAAUACGAGCAGUGGUACAGUCUCCAUUCUGAAGCUGCCCGAGCCAUUGAGAACCGAGAAGACAAGAUGGAUGAGGUGGCCGAGCAGAUUGAGCGAGAUCUGCGACUGUUGGGAGGUACCGCCAUUGAAGAUCGUCUUCAGGAGGGAGUUCCCAACUCCAUUGCUCUUCUGGCUAUGGCUGGAAUCAAGCUGUGGGUUCUGACUGGUGACAAGGUUGAAACUGCUGUCAACAUUGGUUACUCUUGUAACCUGCUGGAUAACAGCAUGGAGCUGAUCACCAUCCAGGUCAAGAACCCCACAGUCGAGUCUGUCGGAGCUGUUUUGGACGAGUUUGCUGCCAAGUACAACAUUGAUACGUCCAAGGAGGCUCUCAAGGCUGCCAAGAAGGAUCAUUCCCCUCCCAAGAACAACGCUGCUGUUGUCAUUGACGGUGACGCUCUUACGGUGGCUCUUUCCGAUCCUCUUCGUAUCAAGUUUCUGCUGCUGUGCAAGAACUGCAAGUCUGUUCUCUGCUGCCGAGUGUCUCCCGCCCAAAAGGCGUCUGUUGUUUCUCUGGUCAAAAAGUCGCUCGAUGUCAUGACUCUGGCUAUCGGAGAUGGUGCCAACGAUGUCUCUAUGAUCCAGGAGGCCGACGUUGGUGUGGGUAUUGCUGGUGUCGAGGGUCGACAGGCCGUCAUGUCGUCUGACUACGGUAUCGGACAAUUCCGGUUCCUCAACAAGUUGCUGCUAGUGCACGGUCGAUGGGGCUACCGCCGAAUUGCUGAGCUCACUGCCAACCUCUUCUACAAGAAUAUCGUCUUUGCCAUGACCAUUUUCUGGUUCCAGGUGCACACGGCCAUGGAUGGUGUCAUGCUGUUUGAUUACACGUACAUUACCCUGUUUAACCUGGCGUUUACCUCUCUUCCCGUCAUCCUGCUUGGUAUUUUUGACCAGGACGUGAGUUGGCAGAUCUCCAUUGCCGUCCCCCAGCUGUACCGACGAGGUAUCUUGCGUCUGGAAUGGACUCAGUGGAAGUUCUGGGGCUACAUGCUCGACGGUCUGUUCCAGUCGGUCAUCUGCUACUUCUUCACCUACCUGACCUUCUACAAGGGCCACGUGACCACCAAUGUUGGCCGAGAGAUCAACUACCGAGAAGCCUACGGUGCCUACGCCGGUACAGCGUCCAUGAUUGCCUGUAACAUUUACGUGCAGCUCAAUAUGUACCAGUGGUCCAAGCCGUUCCUGAUCAUCUGCUGGGUGUCUUCUGCGCUCGUGUUUGCGUGGACCGGUAUCUACACGCAGUUCACGGCGUCGCAGCUCUUCUACAAGACUGCGCAGCAUCUGUACGGCGCCCUCAACUUUUGGACCUGCCUGUUGCUCAUGAUCAUUGUGUGCAUUCUGCCCCGACUUCUUGGAAAGUGUGUGCAUCGAUCGUGGUUCCCCAUGGAUAUUGACAUUGUUCGAGAAAUGUGGUGGGCUGGUGAGUUCAACUACCUCGAGGGCCAGGACAUUGAUACCAUUGUGUCUGAGACCACUCAGAACUACGGCACUUCUGCUCGAGAGAAGCCUGGCUACGACCAACCUCCCACUGACGAGUACAGCGAUCCCAACACGGACCGAGUGUACAAGUCUGAGCGAAACUCGUUCAUGGAGUCUGCCACCUUCCCUGGUAGUGACUACCCCGUCAAGGGUUACUCGACGAGCCCCGUGGAGAUGGACAAUUUGGAGAAACGGCCGCAGACUGACGAUUCGCACUUGUCACCCUUUGCGGACCCCAAUCCCAACACCAGCUCGCCCAUGCAGCCGGCUGGACGAGACGUUUUGCAUUCUGAUGACGACGAGCAUUUGGUUCCCAAGUAG